CGCGUUCUGGUCUGGACAUACUGGAGCGUCUCUUGAGGGUUUAAUGCACCUCACGUACAGCAUAUAGAAUAGCAUCCCAUACAUAUCCAGGUCCCCUGUGCACACUUCGCCAGUACUGGCAUUUCGCCAGACAGCCACAAUGAGCCAGCAAAGUAUUCUAGACAAAAGCUUACGCGAGGCCAUCGAGAUGCAAGACCUCCCAGCAGCCGAGUCUUUGCUCAACCAAGGCGCAAACCCAAACGCGACAAAUCAUAUGUGGUAUAUGUCCCCGCUCCAGACAGCUGCCUGCCGUGACAACGUUGAGUUGGUGCAAUUGCUUCUGGAUCGGGGUGCUCGGAUCAAUACACAGGGUGGAUACUAUGGCAGUGCACUCCUAGGAGCCGCACAUUAUGGGAAGCUCGAGAUCGUGGAAUUGCUGAUUGCGGCUGGAGCGGAUGUGGACAUACAUGGGACAUACGGCACUGCAUUGGCCGUGGCAAAAGAUAAGGGCUUUGAGGAUGUUGUGCAAGUCCUGAAGAGUUUGGGGGCGACUGAGUGGCGGCCAGGCCCGCGGGAUGCUGAUGAUACUUGGGGAUCUUGGUUAUAGGCUUGACCUGGGGCUGAAGGUUUGAUAUGGCUUUAUAAUAAGAAAGACAAAAAAAUAUGAAAAUAAACCCUUGACUG